UCCAGGGAGCCGGUGACCAGCCUGUCACUCCCUCUGGACAGCUGCAUCCAGAGGAGGGCAACCGCCUAGGGAAGGCCACAACCCCUCCAAGAACCAGGACGCUGCUCCAUCAGUAGCCAGGCCAGGGAAGCCACUGGUUGAGCCAGGACUCAAGGGAUCAUCAGCUGAUUCAUCACUCCUUCUCCACCAAGGUUAACGCUGACUCCAAGCCAUUCUCCUUGGCAGGAUGAGAGUGGCAGGUUUGAUUCGUGUAGUGGCCUUCAUCUUCACCCUGGUUGCCAUGUGGGUCUUUCUCCGCAACCACAUCAGCUUCAGCAGGAAAACCAUCCGUCUGCCACGCUGGCUGGCAAGCAUGCCCUCCAAGGAGAUCCGAGUCCCGAAGACCAAGUGUGGGCUCAGCAAGCCCUGCCUGAACAACUUCUUUGCAUUUAAAAUCAGCAGCGGGGCUGCUAACGUCGUGGGCCCCUCCAUGUGCUUUGAAAAUGAAAUCAUCAUGAGUCCAGUGAGAAACAACGUGGGCAGAGGCCUGAACAUCGCUCUGGUGAAUGGAACUACAGGACAGGUGAUGAGAAAGGGCAGCUUUGACAUGUACUCUGGAGAACCCAAGCUCCUGAUGAACUUCCUUGAAGACAUACCUGAUAGCGCGCUGGUGCUGGUGGCCUCCUAUGAUGACCCAGGCACCAAAAUGAAUGACAAUAUCAGGACGAUCUUCACCAACCUGGGGAGUUCCUACGCAAAGCAGCUGGGCUUCCGGGACAGCUGGGUCUUCUUAGGUGCCAAAGACCUUAAGAAUAAAAGCCCCUUUGAACAGUUCUUAAAGAACAACCCAGAAACCAACAAAUAUGAAGGUUGGCCGGAGUUACUAGAGCUGGAGGGUUGUGUGCCACGGAAGGUAUUUUAGGGUGGCCAUGGCCCUUCUGGUCCAGGGAGUCAACGGAAUACACAACGGACUUGAGAGCAGAGCCUGUGAUUGCUGGGUCUGUGCUGAUAGGAGGUGACAAGGAAGAAGAAUGUGAGAAACCACAUGAGAUGCACUGACCACGCCCUACACAAUGUGCACUUCCUCUCUGAAGAAGCAGCAGCCUC